AUGGUUCGAUUAACUGAAUCAAUUGUUUAUAGUCGUACCAGAAUUACCGUCGAAUGUGUUCGAAAGUUGAAUUUAUGGGGUUGUGAUAUUGAUAACAUCGAUCUCUGCUCUCAGAUGAUUAAUUUGCAGAUCCUUUCUCUUAGUAUGAACAGAGUGAAAUGUUUAAAACCGUUGGAGAAUUGUAUGCAGCUAGAAGAAUUAUAUCUUCGGAAAAAUGAAAUUAGCAGUUUAAAUGAAUUGGAGCAUCUGAGAAAUCUGAAGCUGUUGAGAAUUCUUUGGAUUGAUGAAAAUCCAUGCACGGCUGACAACAAGCAUCGUGCGAAAGUUUUGCGAAUUUUACCUAACCUUACACGUUUGGAUGACAAACAGGUAACAAUUGAUGAACUACUGAAUGCUACUGAAAUUAAUUGGGAAAAUGAUCAGAGAACAGUUAUUGAUAAAAUUAUUCCGAAUCAUCCUCGUAUUCAAGAAUUAAUGCCUAAUCAUUUAACCCAUAAUCCGGGACACAUUAAGCAACAAUCCCCGAAACAAAUGGAGGCAUUCGUGUAUGAAGAAAAUAUUGAAAUACAGAAUGAUAAUCGAAAUUUAUGGCAAGAUUUUAAGCAAACAUUUAUGUAA